AUGCGUUUUCGAAGAAUCAAAGAACGUAACCCUCAAUCCGAACAUCCUUCUAGCACUCUAAAAUCAGAGAUUCCCGAAUCCCCCCAAAUCCCUUCCGACCGAGGUUCAGUCGACAAAGCUGGUCAAGACAGGGAACACGAAGAGAAGACCAAAUGUAUGCAGUGUGACAUCGCUGAACUGCAAUCCUGGAAGAUGAAGUGUGGAUUGUCCAAGUUCGAUACCGAUUACCGACUCGAGAACUUGAGCAAAUUAGUACUUGAGUGUCGCAACACUAUGACAUCGCAAGCUGGGCAGAUCGUCACUCUCAACGAGGCGAACAAGACUCUUGCAGCGAAUUUUUCAAACCACCAAACCAUGGUUCGCCAAAUCCUUAAGGAGAUUAUGAGGAUCUAUCCCGACAAGCGCAAGCAUGACACAAACCAUGAGGCCCGAGGCGGAGGAAAGCGUCAGUGUACCUCGGAAACACACGAGCCCACAAACGACGACACUCAGUGA